AUGGAUCCCUUGUCGAUCACAACCAGCGUUCUCACGAUACUUCAACUGACUGGCAAAGGCUCAGGGCUAGCUUUAGGCGCGCUCAAGUCAUUAUGGGAAGCACCAGAAAUAUUCAAGCAGCUCAUUACCGAUGCCGAGAUAUUACGAGGUUUACUUCUGGAUACAGAGGCCUGUCUCCGUAGCCGGCACAGAGAUAGUCAUGAAGAUCCAAUACCACCAUCCAUUGUUCAUGUCCUCAAAGCCAUCAAAGAGCGCGUGACAGAGUUUGAAUUGCUUGUUCAGUGGGUGGUCACAAGUAAUCGCGUCGCUAUCUCAGCCAGAACUAAUGGUCUUUUUGAAUGCAUCAGCACCCGAAUUUCGUGUCGGCAAACCGAGGAUGGAAAUGUUGUUACCAAAGUCAAGCGAGCAAGGAUGCUGCAAUCGGAAGCCGAUAUCCAACGCAUCAAGAUGAACAUUCGAGAUUCAUGCGAUAUUUUACGGACUCAACUCGAUUUACUUCAACUAGACAACAAAGAGCUCCUCACAACAACAGUCCUUCAAAUCCAGAGUGUAACAGUCGCAAGCCAUAAUGCCAUUUGUGCCCUGCAAGAGCAACAGCAUAAAACCCAAAAAGACAUGCAGAUCGGCUUUCAGAGUUUGAACGCUAUGCAACAUAACCUUCUUCGUUCCAUGCAGCCUCUGAUUGAGCAGGCCCAGAGCCUGAGUCCAGGACAAAUAUCGACGAGCGAGCCCGAUUUACAAGUGGCCAACAGCGGGGUAUCAGCCAACAGUCCAGCUGUUCUCAUCUCUGCGAGUGUAAACUCGCAUCGAUGUCCGCGAGGGUGCCGAUGCCGAUGUCACACCCGGGCAGCGGUCCGUACACCCCCGUGGCUGAGAAACGUCGUCGGCCAGCUCCACUGGAGUUUCGACUCGUCAAUAUCAAUGCGACCUUGUAACUAUGCACCAUGUAGGAAGAGCCUGAGUAAACACAACAUCACCUGCUACUUCCCACCCUGGCUGGUUUCGAGAGCGAUAAUGGCUUCCGUUAACAUGGAGAACGUCUUCGAUGCUGGGGCAAAGGUUUCAGUCAACGUGCCGCUGAUCGUCCCGGAAGAGGAGCAUAUUGUCUGGCCGCUCGUGAUGGCCGGAAAUCUCGGGCAGUUGCGGGAGUUACUAUCGAAAGACCGGAAUCUGAUGUAUGUCAGGAAUCAAUGGGGCCAAUCCAUUAUGCACGUCGCUGCUAAGAUUCAUCAGCCAGCCGUCUUCAACUUCCUCAAGAAUGAAGGCAUGGACGAGAAUCUCGCAGAUGAAAACCAAAAGUCCGCAGCCAUCACUGUCCUUACUCGCAGAGGAAGCCAAGAAUACAACCUCCCAGUUGAUACAGAGGAUCUUGCCGAUAGGCUAGGCUGGACCAAUCUUCACAAAGUCGCCGCUUUGGGAGCGCGACAUGGUCAGGAAAUAACGGAAGCCCUUCUACGAGAAUCCGAGUACUCAGAUAUCAACACGAAGGACAUCCUCGGCCGGACUCCGCUCCACUGGCUAGCUGAGAACGGCAAAUCAGACGCUAUCCGGCUCAUUACUCAGGACCCAUGGAGCGCCGAUGUCCAAGCCAGAGACCUUUGUGGGUUCACGGCGCUGCACUGUGCAUGCUGGGCGGACGAUUUUGAUAGCAUCGUUGCACUGCUCGACGUAGGGAUAGACGUCAACGCCCUUGAUAAGCACAUGCGAACACCCAUGAUGCACAUGAGUAGUCCGAAGAUACUGAAGUACUUGUUGCGCAAGGGGGCUGAUGUGCACAUCAGCGAUGAUGAAGCGGCGAAUAUCAUGCAUCAUGCUUGUGUGUCCGAUCAGGAAGACCUCGUCGAGAUUCUACUGAGAGAAUACAGUCACUUCUUACUUACCAGGAAUCAUACAGGCGACACGCCGCUCGGGCAAGCCAUCGCAAACAACAGCCUUGCAGUAUUGAAGGUGAUGGCUCCUUACCUUCAGGGCUUCCCGGAAUUGCAGUCUCCGGUGCCUAAUGAAAGUUUGAUGCAGCCCGAAAGACUGAGCCUCUUGAACAACAAUAAGAGGAGCUUGCUCCACCUGACAGCUUUACAUGGGAGCACGGAGGCGAUGGACAUCCUAGCAUCCGCCAAUCUCUGUGGCGUGGAUACAGCGAUCAGAGACAAAGAUGGGCACACUCCCAACGAGUGUUUCGUCAGAUGCCGCGACAACCACUGCGCCGUUACCCGUAAGCCAUUCGAAUCAGAGAAGCUUGCAUGGUUCUCAUUGAUGAACUCUGCACGAGGGCAGGAGUUGCCGUUUCAGGGUCUGACGGGACAAGACGCCGACGAUGAAUCGACGAUAGUUGCAUCUGAAGAUGAGUGGGGCCAUAGGAAAAUAUCUACGGCCAGCUAUGUGUUUACUGAUCCGAGUGGCGGUGAGGUGUCAUCUGACGAAGAGUUCGUAGAUGCGGAGUACGAGGUCCGGGAGUAA